UCGGACUUCUACCGUUUUCAAAGCAUUAAGACUUUUUCCGUGUUUCUAUCGUUCUGGUAAUCAAAUUAAUAUCCUUAAUCGCGGUGAAAUGAAUUAUUGUACUUAUGAGAUUGUUGUUAAAAGAUUGGCGAUACGAGAUCAGCAACGAGCACUUCAAUAACGACUUAGGAUCAAUGUCUUACCACAAAACAUGUUGACUUACCGUAGAAUUUACGUCGUGACUAGCGGUGAUAAGACAGCAACUGUAACUUCGACGCACGUUAAUUGCAAGGCAUCUGUAGUUCUUGACUGUUAUGCGGUACCCGUCUACUGUCUAAUACGAUGUAACGAUAAAGAUCUUUAUUAUUGAGUCGGCGAAUUGUACCUUGGAACACUGAUACUUCAUCCUGUGACUGAUAAUAUUACUAUCAUAAUUUAGAAUGGCUAAAACAAUAGAUGAUCUUGAAGUAUUGAUUAAAUUACCUCCAAUAUUGCUGAAAGCAUUUUCUAUCAAUAUUAACUAUGCCAAGUGUAUGAAAUGUAAUCUUUCAUGUGCAUCUGUAGAGGAUGAUAUUCUUUUCCAUCUGUCGGUAUGUAAUGGAAUGCUCAUUGACGAAAAUAUCCAAUCUGUAUUUAAAUUCACUUGUUUGAAGUGUUGUUUUAUAACUGAUAGUAUUGAUCAAUGGAAAUGUCAUUUAUUUAAACUUGAUCAUAUUUCUAUUGAUUUUGAUUCAGAUAUAAAAAAAUAUUCAUAUGAUUGUAAUUUGUGUAAAACUCAUUUUUACGGAUUUAAAUAUAGUAUACUACAACAUCAAUGCAAACCUAAAUGUAUUUCAUCAUUAUCAAAAGUGAUGGCCUAUGUGUAUGCAAAAUAUACUGUUGAGGAUAAACAAACCAUGCUACAUUAUUGUACAGAUUGCUUUCAUUUCACUUAUGAUACAACAAUAAAUGAUUUUUGCACUCAGUGCCAUAGUGAAGCUGCCAAUAAAUCUGUAUGCAAUUCGUGUUGGAUAACAUUUUAUGGUUCUAAUAAUGAAGAAUUUUUAAACCACAAACAUUCAUUUGAACAUAUAGUUUUGUGGUGUUUAAACGGAGCUCGAAGUGUACCAAAACUGUCAACUCUUGCGAUUCAGAAAUUGCCUUACUACAUAACAAAAUAUUUUGUUAUAAGUUCACUGUUAGAAAAAUUUUGUUGUAUUGUCUGCAAUAAAAAAAACAUAUUGACAUAUGAAUGUAUUUAUGAUCAUUUUAUUGAAUGUAUUUCAUCCAAAGAAAUUUCUUGUAUUGACAACUGCAUUACAUUGCUAACGGUAAAUUGUAAUGUAUGUGAUUAUUUAUGUUCCGCAGUUAAUGAAAAUUUGUACGAAUGUUGGGUGGACCAUGUAAUAAGUUUUGAUCAUUUGAGUAAAACAAUGGUUGGAAAAAAAUACACACAAAAAUUGUUUUCGUAUUACUGUUAUGUAAGUGAAACUGUAUUUUAUGGAACUGAUUCUUUUAUUUUAAAUUUAAUAUUGAAAACGAAUAAUGAUAUUGGACGUCAAUUAUUUAUACCAGAUUUAAUGGCUCAAGUGUACAAAAACGUCACUAAUGCACAUUUUAGUUGUAAUAUUUUAUUUUGUUGUGGAAUUUGUCAAAACUAUAAGGACAAACAGUUAUUUGAUUGUGUACAUAAAGAUAACGAUUCUAGACAAUCACUUUUUUGUUCCACUUGUUUAGUAAAGUUCAAUGUCCAUUCUGACUACUGCGAACAUCUUGUUAGUAGUGAGCAUAUUAUUUUGAAAUAUUUUAAACCUAACCAAAUAGGCGAGCUCAAGAUUCUUGAUCGUUCUAUGGAAACAAUGAAGAUUUAUUUAACUAAUUCUAUUAAAAGUGAUGAUGAUGAUGAUGAUGAUGAUGAUGAUGAUGAUAAUAACGACAACUCUUACAAGACUAAAUAUGAGGACAAUAAUGAAAUGAUUACUUCUAUACAAAAUAUAAAAACCCAUGAUCUAGAAGAAAACAUUUUGAAUUUAAUAGAAAAACUAUCUGCACAACCAAAAAAAUCAGCUUUUAACAAUUACUUAAGAAUGAAUUUUGAAUUAAUAAUCCAAAUGCCACAAGCAACUAAUGUUUUCAUCGAAUCUAUUACAUAUAUCUGUGACACUUGUAAUCUGGUUGUUGGUAAUCGUGAUGAUUGGAUUAAACAUGACGAAAAAUUUCAUAGGAAAAAUGAUGAUUUAUCAAUUGUAUACUGUGAUAUUUGUCGUGUUUACUAUGUGAAUAUUUCUUCUAUUUUUAUUGGUAAUCAUUUGGUGACUGAUGAACAUUUAAUAAUGAAAGAAUUUCAAGAGUACAUGAAAACAAUUUUGGUCAUACCUUCAAUAAAUAAUAUUGAUAAUUGUAAUAACUCAAAUCCCAUCAAUAAUGACAAAGGUUCUGAUAUAAAAAUUGAAAAAAUCCAAACUUUAAAAAAACACAAAAAAAACAAAUUCGUUCAUAUAGAAAUUAAAGACGUCAAUAUUAAUUUAAAAAGAAACAAUUAUUGUUCACUAAACAAAAUAAUUCAAGAAAGCUAUGGCAAUUUCAAACAGAUUAAGAACGUAGACAAUUCUUUCAUAAUUUUUUUCGAAAAUAUAGACCAAGUUAAAUGUUUAGUUGAGGAUAAAAAUAAACUGGAAGAACAGUAUGGCUUUACAAUACAAGUAAUAGGAAAUAAUCAAGAAAAAGUUAUAUCAUUGAAGACAAUAGAUUUAUUUAAAGAUUGGAGCUUGUUGUGCGAUACAAUUUCCAGUGAUUUGGAGAUUAUGAAUAAGACAUUAACCAGUUCAAAAAUACAAUCUUAUAUUCAACAACUGUGUGAUUCGAUAAAUAGCCUUCAAAUCGGAACAAAUUCAAAAAAGAUUCACAUUUUCGGUUCCCGGAUUUAUGGACUAGCUACAAAUAUGACUGAUAUAGAUAUAUAUUUGGAGACAGAUGACACGUUUAACGGAAAUAUAUCAAAUGAUAUUGACAUUCAAGUGGAACUGGUUAAAACAUUAGCUAAUCGUUGUCUAGAGAAACCAAAAAUCUUUGAAAAUGUUGAAGAAAUUUGCAAUGCUCGUGUACCUAUUGUUAAAUUUUAUCACAUACCAUCAAAACUCAUCUGCGAUGUAUCCUUUAAAAGUGGUCUGAGUGUGUAUAACACAAAACUUAUCAAGUUGUAUUUGUCGGAGAGCUCUGUUGUGAAGUGGCUGGUCUGCGUCAUUGUAAAGCAUUGGGCUCUCCAAAAUGGUUUAAAAGAUAGACAUUUAUUCACCAGCUAUGCCUUAAUAUGGCUGGUAUUAUUUUACUUGAUGACUGAAAAUGUUAUUCCGUCAGUGAUGGGACUCAGAAAUAAAGCCUUAAAAACUGAUCGCAAAGUUAUUGAAGGGUGGGACUGUACAUUUGGAGAAUGGUCAAACAAAUUCGUUCACUUUAGAAAUGAUAAACUGUUAUUAGGUUUUUUUAAAUUCUAUGCCAACAAAAGAAGACUUAAGGACUAUGUAUUAUCUACUUGCUAUGGCCAGUGCAUGAAAAAGCAUACAUUUUAUGAAAAAUUUAGCAAAUUGACUGCACUAAGUAAAAUACAGAGAACCAAGUUUAAAACCUUGCAAUCCAAAGUUGAUUCGAAUUUUGAAAAAUGUUAUGGACUUGUUCUACAAGAUCCAUUCGAGCUAUCAUUCAACCUAACCAAAAAUAUACAAAAACAAGUUUUGACUGACUUUUGUGAUUUGUGUAGCCAAAGUUCGACCCUUUUAAUUAAUAUGAAGAAGGAUAAAAAAAUGUUUUCU